AUGCGGUUUGGCAAUCUUCUCGCGUCCGCGGUGACGUUAUCAUCCUACGCCUCUGCUACCACCAUCAACGUUCUCUAUCGCCGUGAAAAAGACCGUGAUAGACAUGGCAUAGCUGCCUUCGAUAGCUCUGGUCAGUUGAUUGGCUACUCGUGUGAUUAUGCCUUAAACUCUGGUAGCUUUGCUAAGGAGCAUAUUUCCUUCGACGUCGAUGACCAAGCUGCUAGCAAGAUAUCUGUGGGUGGCAUCGCAUACCGGAUCCAUUCUUAA